AUGGCGUUCAACUGCACUCAGAGACUGCGGACACUGCCUGGACAACAGCACGCAGAGCAGACGACGUGUGAUUGCCGUCACCGGAAUGUCCACGAGCAAAUGUGUGUCUGGACGCUGGACUGGCAAACACGCAACAAGCAGUGCGCUUCUGGCACAUUUGGAGCCAAGUGCGCGAAAGUUGGAGCUGUGCAAACGGUAGUGAAACGUGCAGCGCUGCCGACGGCCUGUGCACCAGGUCGUGUGCUGCGCAUUCCACCGGGGAGGACUGCGAACACGGGUGCGCCAGCGUGCGCGGGCGACUCUUGCCUUCACUGCAAAGGAUCGCACGGCCAGUGCUUGCUGCCUCAAGGAGCGUGUCAAGACGGCUGCCAGGCCGGCUGGUUCGGACGAGAGUGCCGACUUCGGUGCCCGCCAGGAACACACGGAGUGAACUGCUCACGCGACUGCGGUCGCUGCCUGGAGAGGCCUGGUGGCCCAGGUGCAGGGUGUGACGCGGAGACCGGGUCGUGUGCAGACGCUGGCGUGUGCGAAGCUGGCUGGACGGGAGAUAGGUGCGACAAAGCUUGCUCGCCUGGCACCUAUGGUCGUCGAUGUUCAGCAGUUUGCGGCGCCUGUGCCAACGCCUCAACGUGCAGCAGCGUCAGCGGAGACUGUCCUGCAGGCUGCCAAAAUCUGCGUCGGGGAACAGAUUGUCAAACGCCAUGUGCAGCAUGCGCGUCGCCGUCUUGCAUUGGGUGCAAAGGGUCGUUUGGCCAGUGCCUGUCGCCUGAAGGAACGUGCCUGCAAGGGUGCACCGCUGGCUGGGCGGGUGCUGAGUGUCGAUACAAGUGUCCAGCUGGAACGCAUGGCGUCAACUGCACUCGAGACUGCGGACACUGCCUGGACAACAGCACGCAGGAGCAGACGACGUGUGAUGCCGUCACCGGGGAAUGUCCACGAGCAAAUGUGUGUCUGGACGGCUGGACUGCAAACACUGCAACAAGCAGUGCGCUUCUGCACAUUUGGAGCCAAGUGCGCGAAACGCUGCCGACGGCCUGUGCACCAGGGGGUGUGCUGCGCAUUCCACCGGGAGGACUGCCGAACACGGUGCGCAGCGUGCGCGGCGACUCUUGCCUUCACUGCAAAGGAUCGCACGGCCAGUUGCUUGCUGCCUCAAGGAGCGUGUCAAGACGGCUGCCAGGCCGGCUGGUUCGGGACGAGAGUGCCGACUUCGGUGCCCGCCCAGGAACACACGGAGUGAACUGCUCACGCGACUGCGGGUCGCCUGCCUGGAGAGGCCUGGUGGCCCAGCAGGUGCAGGGUGUGACGCGGAGACCGGGUCGUGUGCAGACGCUGGCGUGUGCGAAGCUGGCUGGACGGGAGAUAGGGUGCGACAAAGCUGCUCGCCUGGCACCUAUGGUCGUCGAUGUUACAGCCAGUUUGCGGCGCCGGCGCCUGUGCCAACGCCUCCAACGUGCAGCAGCGUCAGCGGAGACUGUCCUGCAGGCUGCCAAAAUCUGCCGUCGGGGAACAGAUUGUCAAAACGCCAUGUGCAGCAUGCGCGUCGCCGUCUUGCAUUGGGUGCAAAGGGUCGUUUGGCCAGUGCCUGUCGCCUGA